UCACUGGAAGCACAUGAGAGUGGGGGUGCCAGUGGUCACCUCUGGUAUCUGUUUCCGUUGAAGCACGGAGCGUGUUGGCACAGAUGCCUGUCAACCGGGCACUGGACAAGAUCUCACCCCCUGCUGCCUGCUGACCCCGCUUACUGCAGCUCUCUGCUGACUUCGUCUCCUGCUCCUCCCUGCUAGCGCCUGGCGCCGUUCCUGCUCAUCUCUACUGCUUGCUGACAGUGUUCUAUCUCGUGUCCGACUUACGAUUAGCGUCAAUGACAAGUUCAUCAGUGUUCCACAAAUCUUGACAACUGGAAUUAUAUGUCUCAUUACUACAAGGUUCCUGACCAGUAGUUCCUUAUUGUUACUCUGAUACAUUCCGGUAAUUUGUUCCUGUGAACUGUGGAGAAGGACCACGAUGGUACCGCGUUCCUGAUGUUCCAGAGUACCUCAACAUUAAUGUGUUCCUAUCUGCUCCCAGUCUCGUUCUGAAUUGCUGCUGUGUUCUGGUUACUGAAGUGAGACGUUCCUCGUUAUUUCUGAAGUCGUGACCCCUUUCAUUUGCAAGUUAGUGACUAGUGACGGUCAGAGUGGCAGGAGCGUCCGUGCCGCUGGUGCCUGGCGCCCACCGUGUCCACACUCCCACCUGGUGAGAGCAUUACAGUCAGCGUUGGACAAAGUUUUCAAGUUCUCGUCAUUGGUAUAAUUAAGUCCUUCUCAUCUUGAGCUUUCUGUCUCUUGGCUGGCACCUUAGUCAGCUCCAGAGACUGACAAGUUGUAAACACAUUGGACCGAAUUUGGAGCCCGAUAGAAACACAACUGACUGGAUUUAGGCACUGGGACGUAUCUGGAAGGAACUCAACGGGUGCCAUACUCUCAUCAACUACCUGGAAGAACCCUGAAUGCAAACUCUGGAAGAAGCCAGCACUGAGCCGCCAGGCCCCCCAGCAGCAGGUCAGCCAACCACGCCACCUUCCCGCAGCAUUGAGGAGCAGACUCUAGACAGCAGAGAAGGAGAGUGGGAGAGGAAGAUGCUGAACGCUGAUACUUCUGGAGGCGAAGAGAGCGAGGAGCCAGGGGUGCCCAGCCCUCUGCUGGCGCCGGCGACCGACCCGGUCUCCCUGGCCAGACUACGCCUCUACAACGCCUACAGUCUCCACCUGUCUCACUCCCCCAGGUGGUCGGUGCAGCCGGAGGAGUACCGUGUGAGGUGGGAGGGUCACGGUAACCACCUGUCGCAGCAGGUGGCCCGCCUGGAGCACGACCCAGCCUCAGCCGACGUCACGGUGGCCACCAAGGGCGCCUCCAUCCCCUCCCACAGGAUCGUUCUUGCCGCCGCCAGCGCCUUCUUCAGAGCUGUCCUACAGGGGGUGCCAGCGGGUCAGCACCCCGUGAUCGUGGUGAGGGGCGCCGACCCCCGCCACCUACGACACGUUGUCUCCUUCUGCUACAGCGGCUCCCUCAGGAUACCCCACCAGGAUGUCUCCGAGGUCCUCAAGCUGGCCGAAGACCUGGAGAUCAGCGGACUACAGAAGAUGUCGACACAAAAGGAAGAAGCGGCCUCGCCUCUGUCAGCAUCGCCGAGGUCGAGCGUCCCCCGGGCGAGCCCUCUGGGCCCACUCUCGCCCAACAUGUUCACCUUCAACCACUCCCCCGCCACGCCCACCCUGCACACACGCCUUGACGGCUUCUCCGGGCCCAAGAGACUCGGCGGCCCUCUCAAUCAACAGGACACACAGAGCAGGAAGAGGUGCAAGGUGGAGCCCCUGGCGUCAGGGGAGGAAGGGGAGCUCCUGGCCACAUCACCCCACUCCACGCCCCCGACCUCCGCCCCUCCGUACCUGACGGGACACGCCUCUAACACUCACUUCUUCAGGAGCCACCACCUCAGCCCCCCGAACUCGGCGCCCCCACAGGCCGCCAGGGACCACUCCGCCCCCCACCACCUCCCCCACCCCUCCUCCCCCUCCUCACACACGGUGAGGUCGUCGUCAGUAAGCGUGGUGCCGCCAUCCCGGCUGCUGCAGCCUCUUCACUCUCCCCCACCGGCCCACUCCUCAAACCCGGGCUCCCCCCACCAGGAGUCACCCUCCCCAACAGCCAAUGACAAUCUCAGCUUGCCCCAGACGCCUACAGCCACCAAGGAGCCCCUCACGCCCACCACGCCCACGACGCCAAGCACGAAGAGCGAGAGCGGGACCCGGGGUCCGGGGUCGACCAGCAGCGGGUCGAGGGUGCUACUCUGGAGGUUCCUGCUCGACCUCCUCCACAACCCACACUACACCCCCAUCUACAUCCGCUGGCUCGACCGCCCGGCCGGCAUCUUUAGGAUCAUGGAGUCGGACAUGGUGGCUCAGCUGUGGGGCCGAGCACGCAAGAACACCAACAUGAACUAUGAGAAAAUGUCACGAGGCAUGCGGACCUACUACAAGAGGGGCAUCCUCUUCCACAUCGACGGGACGAAGCUGAUCUACAAGUUCAACACGAGCGACGCGGAGAUCCAGCAGCGGAUGCGCUACUAUGACCUUACUCUUAAGUCCGAACUCCCUUCUACGGACCAGGCAGGGUCCAGCUUCCUGGUGUCUCCCAACUUGUCCAGCCUGAGCGGUCUCUCCAACCUGAACUGUCUACCCAUGACUUCUACGGCCUCCAUGGAAAGCCUGUACAGUCCGCUCCUGCGAGACAUGCCCAGCCUGCAUCCUAGCCUUCUCUACGACCCUUACCUCUCCUUGUUCAGGCCCUCGAAGAGAGAGCUGUGCUAACUUACACCCCUAAGACAUCCCUCUAGUUAAACGACCUCCGUUACGGGCUGCUCAAGUCCUGAGGGGGUCUCGGACACGUGUUCCAUGUGUCCUGUUUGGGGGGAUUCUCACUUCCAGGAAGAUGAGCAAAGGGACUCAAAAAGAUUCCAAGAAGAUGAUCAAAGGGACUCAAAAAGAUUCCAGGAAGAUGAUCAAAGGGACUCAAAGGGAUUCCAGGAAGAUGAUCAAAGGGACUCAAAGGGAUUCCAGGAAGAUGAUCAAAGGGACUCAAAGGGAUUCCAGGAAGAUGAGCAAAGGGAUUCCAGGAAGAUGAUCAAAGGAGCAAAGGUUCCUGAAACUAACUACCAGCGGAGAUACUUCUUUCGUUCUCCAUAAGGCAUUUUCUAGAGAUGUUCAUCCCCCCCCCCCCCUUAAGGUUCCGCGUGGUGGAUGAAAAUGGUUACAUCUCCCUCAGAAGGAACUCCUGCGACGAAGCAGUCUCAAGAACACUAUCGUCAAGGCUCUAUAGAACCCCAAACAA